AUGCAGUCGGACGCGAACUUCGCCGGUAUCAGCCCGCGGAGGACGGCCUCCACCUCACCGCCCCGCCGCGCGCCGACUCCCGCGGCGUCGACGCGGUGGCGUCCAGGGACACGAGAGCCCGAGGUCGCGCGUCGGCUGCACAGCUUGGCGUUCGAUAGCGACGUCUCGGGGGGCUCCCCGGCGCCGGGGAGCCGUCGGCCGGCCGACGACGACCUCGACCUCUUCGACGGCGACCUCGACGGCCUCGACGGCGACCUCCGCGGCGGCCUCGAGCUCGACGAGGAGAUCAAGGAAACAGAGGACUCGCUCAGGCGGCGGGAGGCGCGGAAACAGUGGGAGGAGAAGCGGCGGGGCACCUUGCCCGCCCACUUGCUGGAGGACGUAGGGCGGUCCGCGCACCACUUCUUCGGGAAGUGCGUCCAGCUUGACGCCAGCAUGAAGCUGGCCGACCCGCUUCAGUGGCGCCACUACGGCGCGCUGUUCGGCAAGCUUGCGGACCUGCUUCUGCGGCAGUUUGUGCGCGGCAGCGAGGACGCGGACCCUCGCCUGGUGGACUUCUGGACGCGCGCUCCGCUGCUUCUGCCGGAAGCGAACGGCCCCGGCGGCAUCUCGGCGUUACAGCUUGCGACACCGGACCGCCUGACGACGGCGUCGCACAAGGCGGCGAUUGAGCAGGGCGACCUCGCGUUCACGGCGCACUCCGUGAACGUGAUGCUCGGCUCCAACCCCGCCUUGUAUGCGCGCGACGCCUCCUCGUUCAAGGAGAUGGCGCUGCGGGCGCAGGACGAGGACCUCGCGAAGGGCCUGAAGAUCCUGCCCAACCCGUACGCCGUGCUGCUGAAGAAGCGACCCGAGACGCGCGGCCUCCUCCUGCACUACAUUUCGAACCGGCUGAGGUCUGGCUUCCACGCCGACCGGCGGAAGCUCGCCAGCGCGGGGACGCAGCGCGCCAAGGAGAGCGUUGGGAAGAACGUGAAGCCGGUAGCACCGCGGGCCGCAGCCGUCGGUGCCUGGGUGGACGCGCUCGUGGCCGGCAACGACACCUGGGUGGACGACACGAUCCGCAACGCGCCGAUGAUCGUCGGGCGCUUCGGGGGAUUGGGCGUCCGGCGCGCUGGCGGGCUCUACCAGCUCGUCUUCGACGCUCGCAACUGUCGGAAGCUGCACUCGGAGCCCGACAACCUAACCAAGUGCACCUGGGGGUACAACGCGUUGAAGCUCACGGCGGACGAGGCCGAGGCCACCCGCCGCAUCCCGGAGCUGCUGCGGAGCCUCGCGAAGCACGUCAUGUCCGGCGACGUGCUGGACCCGCGGCUGGCGGAGCGCAUGGGCCCUGCUGCGGCUGUGGCUGGCGGCGCACCAACAGCACCGUACCUGCGCGCCGCUGGCGACAGGGCCCGGACGCGUGAUGCGCUGUGCUUAACCGACGAUGGCGAGUCGCUCCUCGGCUCGAUGUGGGACGAGGCGGCCGUCGCGGCGGCUUGCGUGGCCCCGCGCGUGAAGGAGGAGUACCGCGACAUGGUCGCGGCCUGCGAGGAGGAGCUCGAGGCGUACGACGCCUGCGAAUACUCGGACGGUACGAGGAGGGCUGUGCGGCUGUCGCAGUCGCUGGGUCCCGGCUGGUGCGGGUGCCCGGACGACGAGCGGUGCAUCAAGCGCCAUGGCGACGCCCACCUCAUGCCGAACGGGCAGCGGGCUCCCGGGCAUCCUCACUGCCUGACGCUGGCCGAGGAGCCCGCAGCAGAAACGGCCUUCAAGGACGCCAUCAAGGCGGAGCUGAUUUGCCGGAAGUGCAAAACAGCUCGCAAGUACGUCCGGCGGACGAAGCUUGGCGCCGCUGCCGGCGGUGCGUCAAGCGGCGAUGGGGACGGCGACGGCUGCGGCGAUGGGGACGGCGACGGCUGCGGCGAUGGGGACGGCGACGGCUGCGGCGGGGGCGGCGCGCCGGUGAUCGACCUCACGCGCGACGACGACGACGACGACGACGGCGCCGAGCAUGCGUGCGACGAGGUGACGCUCGACGGAGAGAAGCUGCGGCUCGCGGGCGGGGACGGUUAUUGCCCUCAGUGCUACUACCACGUUAAAACACAUGGCUACGAGACGCCGACACGCCCAGAGGACGCCUGUCCGCACCAUGCCACGUGUUGGAAGACGCGCGGGCAUCACGUGCAGUGCCCGAUCGGCCCAGGCCUGACACCCAUACGCACCGAGGAGGUGCAGGAGGAGCUGCGAGCGACCACCGUCUGCGCCAACCCCGCGUGCCCGUAUCACGAGUACGCCAAGGCCUGGCCGCUCGCGCACAUGGGCUUCGCGACUUGUGCUCGAGGGGCCGAGCGGAUCUCGAAGUGCUCGGACGAGAAAUACCGGUGCUUGCCAUGCAAGGAAUGGCAUGACAGGUAUACAGAGCAGAAGGAAGCGAAGGAGGAGGAGCGCCGACAGGGGAAGCCGGGCCCCUUCUGGGACCCGUCUCCGGAGAGGCCCUUGAAGUGGCAAGUGGUUGGGCUGCCCCAACCUCGGCAGCUGCUGCGUGCUCUGCCCGAGAUUUGGGGGAGCAAGCGGGCGCGGCACGGGGCACAGACGGCCGUGUGUUGUCAAGGACUGUCAACAGCCCGCUGGCGAGGACGAGCUUAA